AUUGUGACCCGGGAUAUUUCGGUUGGAAGUGCAGGCUGCAAUGUGGCCGCUGUUUGGGCGGCGCCGUCUGUGAGCCAGUGAACGGUACCUGCAGGCAGGGCUGUGCCCCAGGAUACUAUGGAGAACAUUGUCUUUUCGAAAGCAGAUGCAGAUAUAAUGACAAGGCAGGCACCCACUAUAGGGGCAGCAUGAGCACGACGGCCCAGGGCAAGACGUGCGUAGACUGGGACCUGGUGCCCGACAAGAAGGACAUUACGUUCAACAAGGGAGACGAGCCAGGGAACUUCUGCCGCAACCCACUACUGGGCUCUGGUCGCCAGGGCGAGCUGUGGUGUUUCACUAAGACCAAUACUUCUGAGAAAGGAGACGUGUAUACGUUUUCUCUGUGCAACGUGACUCACUGCGAGUGCCCGCCUCACCUGUACGGGGAGGGAUGCAAGGAACAGUGCCACUGCUCUGACCUGGAGGACUGUGACAUCAACGGCCACUGCCCGACUGGUUGUGCGCCGGGAUGGUACGGCCUACGCUGCAACAAGAAGUGCGAACGUGGGCUUUUCGGACUGAGAUGCCAGUCAAAAUGCAGCGACAAAUGCCUGUACAACAACUGUGAUGCGGAGACUGGAAAGUGUGUGGAUGGCUGUGUCGAGGGCUUCCAGGGAGAGAACUGCACUAUAGAGUGUAGGCAUGGAUUUUAUGGUCCAAGCUGUGUCAAUAAGUGUGGGGCGUGCCGGCAUCGUGUCACUUGCGACCCCGUCUCCGGAGAAUGUCCGGAUGGUUGUCAGGAUGGCUACAAAGGCAAGCUCUGUGCGAAAUUAUGCCCCAGCCACAUGUACGGGCGAGACUGCCUGAAGAAAUGCGGAGUGUGCAAAGACAAGCAGAGUUGUGACCCCUUUACUGGACGCUGCUCCUCUGGCUGUGAGGAGGGGCACACAGGCUUUGAGUGCAUACAGAGAAUCAAAGCCAAGAAUAACUCGGCUUCUGUGGCUCUGGGUGCAGGGCUGGGAGUUGGUGCCAUUCUUAUCAUUGUCAUGCUGGUGUUCUGCAUUGUGUACAGGAAGAGGACUAAGAAGCUCAAAAUUCCCGGCAAUUCUGUGGAAGUGGAGGACCCCCUGACCAGAGACGAGAGCUGUCAACUACUGGGCGAUUCCAGGAUAGGCAGCGAACCCCCGUCAUUUGUGCGGGAAGAAGACGACAAUGUGAGGAAUGAGGUGCAGGAGCCCAUCUAUGAGAACGUCAACAACAGGAAGCAGACCUGUCCGGUAGCCAUUCCAGCCCUGUAUGACUACAUCCUCAAAAACAAAGAGAACGGCUGUGAAGGCUUCAAGAAAGAGUUUCAGGAGCUGCCGAUGGGCCUGAUAGCCUUCUGUGACAUUGCCCGCAAACAAGAGAAUCGUGUCAAGAAUAGAUAUGGAAACAUCUUUGCUUACGACCACUCGCGAGUGAUUCUGGACCCACUGCCAAAUGAGCCCAACUCGGACUAUGUCAAUGCCAACUACAUGGAUGGAUACUCGAGACCGAAGGCCUACAUAGCAUCUCAAGGUCCAAACAAAGUGAUGAUCCGGGACUUCUGGAGGAUGGUAUGGCAGCAGCGUGUCUCCAAAAUUGUGAUGUUGACCAACUUGAUGGAGGCUUGCAAGAAAAAAUGCGAACAGUACUGGCCAGAGGAUGGGAGCAACAAGUACGGAGACAUCACUGUCCUAUUGGUCAAUGCCACAAAAUAUUCAGACUUCACGAUCAGGACUUUUGAACUCACCAAGGAGAUGGAGCACAACCGCAUUGUGAAACAGUUUCACUUCACCACGUGGUCCGAUCACGGGGCUCCCACCCACCCGACCACGCUGCUGGCCUUCAGGAGAAAGGUCAUGAACUUUAAACCCGAUGACACGGCACCAGUCUUAUCACAUUGCAGUGCUGGUAUUGGGCGUACAGGGACAUUUAUCGCUCUGAAUUACUUGCUGGAGCAAGCAGCUGACAAGAAUGAGGUUGACGUGCUGGGCUGUGCUCAGCUCUUGAGGGCCAACAGAGUCAACAUGAUCCAGACGCUGGAGCAGUACGUGUUUGUGUAUGAAGCAGUCCUUGAGGCUAUCAAGACGGGCAACACGACCAUCGCUCGCUCCAGUUUCCACAGCACCUACGAGGAAAUGCUGUCUCGAGAGGGGGAAGAAGAGUCGCCAAUGGAGAAACAGCAUGAUGUGCUGCAGCUGUUGUCGCCCACCAUGGAGAGGGAGGAGUGCUCGGCAGCGCUCAUGGAGGAGAACAUGGCCAAGAACAGGUUCAAGAACAUUCUGCCAGCCAAUCGCAGCCGGCCCUUUCUAUACACCCCUGUGGAAGAUUGCAACGACUACAUCAAUGCGGUCUACUUGGCGGGCUACACUCAGAAGGACAAGUUUAUUGUGACACAAAUGCCGCUCCCGACCACCGUGGCAGACUUCUGGCGGAUGCUCUACGACACUUCUUCCGACACCAUCAUCAUGCUCAAUGAGUUUGACAGGAACGAUAAGGGAGAGGAACGAGCCAUCAAGCAAUUCAUGUUCAAGUCAUGGCCGGACUACCAGACCACACCCCACGCAGUGACGCCGUUGCUGCGGCUGUACAGGCUGGUGAUGGAAUGGCUCAAGCAGAACAGCAAGGGACCGGUCACCAUACACUGCAUGAAUGGGGCCAGCAAGAGCGGAGUGUUUGUGGCCAUGAGCCUCCUGCUGGAGCGUUUGGACCUGGACUACGAAGUGGACGUCUACCAGACGGUCAAACAGAUUAGGAUCAACCGGCCACAGUUCAUCGAAAACAUUGAGCAAUACAAGUUCUUGUACCAAAUAGUCCAGGAGUACAUGGAUCAGGAGUGAUGUCACAAUGUCCACUUGUGUCCACCUGUUGGUCUCUGCUUAUCUCUGACCAUCCUUGAGACCUGCUGUGGUCAAGACGUAACUAUUUUUGAGCAGUGAGCUGUUAAAUUGGUGCCCCUUGUAACACCUGCACGAUUUGCCAAUAGUUCAAGGUACCAAAAGAGCUGAGACAGAGUUAAGUGGUCGGACAGCCCAAUCUCACUAGAAAUGAUAGUUUUGACUUAUUUUCGAGAGGGCUCUAGAAAGCUGCUCCGAGUUCAAUUGUUUUUGUCAAAGAUGUCUUGGACAGAAGAUGUCUUGGACAGCACCAAAAAAACACUGAGUACUAUUCUGUGUUUUCUUAUGAUCUAUGCCAUGUUUAUAAACGUGAUAGAGAUGAUGUGUGGGGGCAUUAAAGAAGCUAGAGUUUUCUAAAUUACCCUCAACUAGAUUUUGUUUUUCUGCAUACUCAUUAACGGCUUUUUUGUUUUUCAUUUUACAUUCUAUUCACCGUUUUUGCCAAAGGUAUGAAAGUUGACUGCCCCCCUUCACUCACCUGCCCGCUACGUUGUUGUGAUUAUUCUAAUGCCUUAAGGUGCUCCCCCCCAGUCUCGUUUUACGCUUCAUGAAAAUAACAGAUUGGCCAGCAUGGUUUAUGUGUUGUUUUACGUGACCGUGUACCUGUAUUUCCUUCUCAGAUGGGGGAAUAUUUUGAAAUUCCAGAUUUAAAAUAUUUUUUGUCCCCCCCCCCCCUCCCCCCACACACACACACACUCACACACCCGCCACCAUCAUUCUUUUGCACUGGGUGAAGGAUCUUGUAGUUCAAAAUCACCAAUCUUUCGCAAUGUAAAUAUGGUUUUGUCUUGAAUCAAAGAUUUAAAAAAUGUUUCUCUCAUCAUAAUCACCUCAAAAAGCCAGUAUUGAAGAGGCACGUGUCUCUGCUGAGCUGAAUCGACAUCAAAAAUAAGAGUUCACAUGUUCCCAAAGAAAAGUGUAAUUUGAUUGAUACCCAGUAUAUAUGUACAUUGACUAAGUUUUCAUGAAGGAGUUUUUAUAUAGAGAGUGCUGUAUGUUUGUGGGAAGUGGGCUGUGCUCUGAGAUGAUUUUUGUGGAUGCUUGACCCUUCCUCACUCAGAACCUGAGACUGCGUUGUUUGACAGGUUUUACUGCUUCAUGAUGUUUGUUGAUAUAAUGCUGGUAUAUUGUUUAGCUUCCCUUCUCACUUUUAAGGCAAGAUUUAAUACUGUUUCUUUUUUUUUCUUUUUUAUAACAAUUAUAUGCUGCCUCUCUUACAGGUCCUUCUUUCCUCUCUCUGUUCCCAUCGACAUCCCCCCACCCCCCCAACCCCACACACGCACACACACAAACACAGACCUGGACAUGUACAUUUAUGUGCGUUUGGGAACACACUCACACAUGCCCAAGCAUGCAUGCAUGCACACAUAUACUUGCACGCGCGCACACACACACAUGCCGACGCAUGCAUGUGCCCAUGCACUCAUACACACAAUCUAGAUUUAUUCAAAUUGGCCAUAUCAUUUUUCCUUACAUGCUUGUCUUACUCAUUUUUUUAUGAUGAUUACUGGGGAAAUUUAUAGCAUAACUGCAAUUUCCCCAGACUUUGAUGGUGACCUAGUUUAAGUAAUUGCCGAUAGAUAUUUUUACCAAAACACUGCCAUAAGAAUCUACACAAUAUUUGUGCAGUCAGGCUUGUUAUAUUCUUGUAGAUCUUGGUGGAAUUUCUAUACGAGAAUUGAAUGCAGCUGGCUAGGAGUUCAAUCUUUAGCCGUGUCCAGAUUCACUUCUCUGACCUAUCAAGUUUUCCCUUUUCUGUGUGAAGCAGGCAGUUUGAAAGUUGAAGAAUGUCUCAGAAAAUUGGUCUUUUCUAACCAGAUCUAUAUAUAACUGGAUUAAUACCUUUGGCAUAGAUCAAAGGCAAAAGGUCCCCCAUGCUUUGAGCUAUUUACAAUGUUGAUUUUUCUGGCUGUUUUUCUUUUGGUGUAUUCUGGGGGUUGUUUUCGUUUUGGGGAUUAAAGGGGGGGGUUGUUGGGUACUUAAUGGUAACUUGCUUUUCACAUUUUCUCGUUUACCCGGUAAUAGUGAUGAAAAUUGGGUAUUGGCUUUUUGUGUCAACAUCCAUAUGGUCCCCAAGCUGUUCAAAUGUUCUCACCCCCAAAUAUGUGUCGUGACGUGACGAAAUAAGGCGCCCAUUAAUUUUCGGGCUUGUUGAGUUAAGGGUAUAAUCUUGACGCUUGUUCUGUUCAUUUGUCUUGCGUUUGAUGAAAAAAAUAAAAACACCCAUCUAUCUUGACCAGAAGUAGAGAUAUAAAAUUUGUAAUUGAAACAGAUGGGGGUCGCCUGAUAUCAGAGAUAAAAUUAGCAAUAAAAUCGUUGCCAAAUCUGGUGAUUUCCAAAGCUUGAGUGUCCUUGAAAACUGAGAAAAUUCACAUUUUUAUGCCUUUGAUCAACAUUUUUCAGUAAAAUCAUCAUCAUUAUCUAGUGCCAGGUCUGUGACAGACUUCAAUGAUCAUGGUUCUCCAUUCAUUCCUUUGCUCAGAUGCUUUUAAAUAAGCUAUGUUACCCUGAUCUUUCCCCGUCACCCAUCUGUUUAGGUUCUCCAACUAGGCUGCUCUGGGCCCUCCCCUCUUGGCUACAUGCCCCAUUAACCCUAUCUGUACGUCAUGUUUUACUAUCGUAUCCAUACGACCUGGGGAACUCUGCCACCUCUUUCCAAAGAGGAAGUUACUCGUUAUCCGAUCUGCACGCUUUGGAUAACAGUCUGUCAAAAUGAUUUUUUGAGAAAUACCGAAAGUUUCUACAAAGAGAUUUUCGUACUAGAAGUAUUCUAAAAUGUGUAGAAUACAACCUUGGGGGUACAAAAUGACCCCAGGGCGUACAGAUAGGGUUAAAGAAUAAAACCUUGUCGCAGGUUCAUUUAUGCAAACAUAUAUAGAUACAUCUCUUCUGGUUCUGGUUUUGAAGUGUCACUAUAUUUUUUUUAAUGAGUUUUUUUAUCUCUCUCCUAAAAUGCAUGUAGCUUUCUGGGCUUAAACACUUGAACAGCUUGCCAAUGAUAUGUUUUCAAUGUAUGUGUUUUAUUGUUCUUUUCUUGCUCAGUUUUUGUGUAACUUCUUGAUUCCUCUUCAUUGGGUGAAAACUGUAAAUUGGGCAGUUUUGCUUCUUUCUCAUAUUUGAUUUAUAUUUUGAUCAGGUUGAAUUUAGACAGAACAUUCACAUUCCAAGUGAGAAAUACCAUUCCCAUUAUUCCCUGCUUUUCAUGAAAUUAUUUGUAAUUUUUUUUUUUCUUCGAAUUUUGCAUUAGCUCAAACAGCUACGUACUCAGAUUGAGAGGUAUUAGAUAAGUAAGCACACACGCCUAUAUAUACUGUGUAUGUAUAUAUAUGAAAAAUAUUUGUUCUUGGUCUAUACUAAAAGAAAUCUGUUUUGUUUUAUUCAAGGGAAUUCUUGUGACGAUUUUGUUCUUUACAUACAAGUGGGUUUAAUUUAUUUUUAAAUCUUUUUUGUAUUUUUUUUUAAAGCAAAAUUACAUUCAGCAGUUUAUGCUAAUGAUGUAUAUAUAUAACAAUGGCAUAUUACGUAGAAAGAAAAAAGGGGAAAUUUCUCUUACUUGUUAAUGAUGUAUUAAUAAUGACGAUUCCUUUUAUACCUGUGAUUUUUAUGGUUUGCUUUUGUCAUGUUUUUUUUCCCUUUCUUUAAUGCAAAUUCUAAAUUUUAAAAUACCUUUCAACCUCCUGUCUCUGUUCUUUAGUAUAAAGGGAGUGAGAUCUGAUGGCACUUCUCCGUAUCCAUUUUGCAAGAGCUUUGCACUUCCCAGUCAUUCCAACCCCUGUGUUCAUGCUUUGGCCACAACUGUGGCUCCCAGUUAGACCUAGGAGCUUUCUCAAAGUCAAUGUGAUGCUAUGUCUCCUACUGAUGUUCUUCUUCUUUCCACGUACUGGUCAGUUGUUUUACAAGUAAAGGCACCCUUUUCCUGUCACUUGUCCUACAAGUGAAGAGACCUUUUUUAUGUCUAUUUUAUAAGGGAAGGGAUCCUUAUUCAGCCAGUUAUUCUACAAGUAAACGGACCUCUUCCUGUCAGUAAUUAUACUAGGAAAGAGACCUUUUCUUGUCAGUUUUUAUACAAGGAAAGGGACCUGUUCCAGUCAAGUUUUCUAUAUAUAUAAAAAAGGAGGCCAUUUUUUGGGGAUGUGAUAUUCUUUAAAAAAAGGGAUGUUUUCCAGUCAAUUAUCCUACAAGAAAAACCUUUGCUGUCAGAUAUUCAACAAGUAAAGAGACUUUUUCCUGUCAGUUAUUUUAUUGAUGAAGUAACAUCUUUCCUUUUUUCAAUUCCAAAAUUAUUCUAAGCUCAAUGAUUUUAUUUGCAGCAAGCUUAGGAUACUUAAUUAAUUUUUUUCCCCUUUAAGAACUUGAAGUCUUAAGUAAACACAGACAAUCAUGUGCAAUGCCAACGCCUGAGUAUGACUGUGAGCAAAUCCUCUUCGUAUUGCUCUACUGCUUUCUUGUGGCCGAAAAGCUCUCUGUAUAGCCAUGUGGGGUUUCAGUGACAGUUGGUGUAAAGAGGCAUGCUUUAGUAGGGCUCCAGGGCUAUCUGCAUUUCUUAACCCCCACCCACCUUGUCCGGUGUGAAUGUUACACGUGUGUUGGGUCUCCCUUUGAAAUUUAGAACUGUACGUUUUUAAGGAGAAAAAAAAUCAAGGGUCCAUUUAGAUUAGUAGGGGCCUAUCUUUUGAUGUACUAAAACUUAAGGAGUGUUUCUUUCUUUCUUUUUUUUUUCUUUUCUGCUCUAUCUUAAAAAAAAGAGGGAGUAGACCAAGUUAAGAAUGAAAUGUAUUGGACAUCAUUGUUUUUGUAAGGUUUCUGCCUUGGCGUUGUUGUACCAUUUGCCUUAUAAUGAAGUGAUACCGUUUCACUAGAGGGACAUUACAGAUUUGGACUUUAAGCCUCGUGAUAAUGUAUCAGUCGAUAGUUGUAUACGCUUUACCUGUAUGUGUUUGGUUUAAGUGGAAAAUCUUGUAACUGUGCUGAGAAAAUAAUUCAAGAUAUGUGGUUUACAAUUUGUCUCGGUUGUUGCCACUUUGUGCAGGUAGUUUGUCUUGCUCUCUAGUGAAGGUUUUUAUAAUUUUUAAAUAUUUUUUUCAGACAAGUGUCCUUUGUUUCUGAGUGAUUUAAGUGUCUUUUUAGGGAGAUUCUAGUUGCAGAACUCGAUUCUUGUUUUAAAAGUACUCUAGCUUUCACUUUUUAGAAAAAGAUGUCUUGACUGGUGAAAGUGAAACAGUAACAGUGUGCACUGACACCCUUUCAUGCAAUUGAAAAGUCUUCUCGCCAGAAUGCCAUGAGUAACGUUUUUUCUUUCAAAUAUUUUUAUUGUCAUGAUGUUUGCUUUCCUCACGAUGUCAAGCAAGUGUACAUAAGUGAGAGAGAGAGCUUGUAGGUUUUUAUUUCUUAUGAUGAAUUGUAUGGUUUCAUAAAUCAGGCAUUAGGUUUUAACUCUAGCAUCUCUACUCUUGCAUUUUAAAAGAUGGGAACUUUAAAAAGAAGAAGCAGCACGGUAUGACAGACCACUGUAGAUUUUGAUUUACAUUUGUAAAUAUUUUCUGUACGAGUAAGUACAUUGUAUUCACCAAGAGUCUGCCAUUUCCUCACUGUCUCUCCUGCUGUUGAAUGAUUUCUUUAUCUCGUUUGUUCUGGACUGGAACAUGUGGUUCUAAAAUCACAAGAGACGCAGUCAACGAUUUUCAUGUUUGUGCUGUCUCUCUGACUGUCUCGCGUUGGUGUAGUGAUGAUACCUGACUGUUGAUAUUGUCGAACAUUUUGCUGAGAUCCCAUGGCAAGGGUUACUCCUAUAUAUACAUCAUUGCUGAAGCAAGAAAAAUGAGUAACUUCAGUUCAUCACAGUUCGCCCAGUAAAGCACUGUUAGAAUCUACUCGUUUUGUUUGUGGCAGCAGCAACACAUUUAGUAGUUGUCUGUCUUUGAGUUCUCACAAGGUAGUAGGCCAAGAAACGGGUGUUUGGAAGGUGUCACUAGUGGGUUCUACUUCUAUUCCUUACCUCUAUUGCUCUUGUCAGCCUGCUUUGCUUUUUGUUUCUGUUUUGAAAUGAUCGUCAUUGUUUUGAUGUGCUUCUCUUUACUCUAAUAAGGAAAAAAAAAAGCCCCAGUCUAGUUAGAGUUUGUCUCCAUCUUUUUGGGUAAUACAGUGUGAGGCGUGAAUGUUUGGAGGGCGCUUCUGAUAGGUCCUACUUCUCUUGUCUUUCUGGUUUUUUUCUGUCUUGCUUCCUCCUUGCCCUAAAUGAAAGUUAUUUUGUUGAUGUCCUUCUCUUUACUCAAUCUCUCAAACUGUGUGAGGUUACAGUAAACUGUAAAGUGUGCAGCUUUUAGUGUUUCUGAAAUAAAUGUCUUCUCAGCGUACAGAUGAUUGGAGGGCACCACUGAUAUGUCCUACUUCUUCUCUUUCCCCCCUGUUGUUUCUGUUUUACUGUCUUCCUGCACAAAAUGACAGCUUUUGUGUCGAUGUGCAUCUCUUUACUCAAACAAAUCUUCUCACAGUGCUGUUGCUGAUUCUGUAACCUCUGCUGUGGCAAUGAUGUUUUUUUUCCCCCACUAGUUCAAAGUUCUGUUCUUGAUCGCAAUUUUUUGUAAGUGUACUAUAUGUUUGGGGGAAAAGGCAACUUCAGGUAAGACACAUUUUUAGUAAGCUUACUUGUUUUAGGUGGGAGUAAAUGUUCUGUUGAAUUUCCACUCGUUGUGACUUGUCACAAUCUUUGAAAAAGGUCUUGGUUGACUGGUGCUUCACCUCAAGGAAAAGUAUUUUCAAGUCCCUGAGUGUUCAAGUUUUUCAUUGUAAGUGGAAGGUUUCAAAUGGGGCCCAGACCUUGUGUUGAUAAAGGCAUGUAGAUAAAUGGACUCAAUUUGCACAUCACUUUAUUUAUCAGUGUGUGUUAGGACAUAUAUUAUAUAAAAUAUAUAUAUAUAUAAAUAUAUGUAUGGAAUCUUUGGUAAAAUUUAAGAUGAAACAGAAAUUUGAGCACACAGACAACUGAUCUUAUGGUUGCACUCUUUUUUUUUAACCUUCAGAUGUGGUAUUUUUCAGCUUAUGUAGUGCAGUGAUUAGGCUCUUUACAGUUGCUCACUGAAGACAGGAGUUUGAUUCUCUCGUGAAGAAGUUCUGAGACUGAGUAUCUCUCAUUCUCUGGGUUGGCUUAGAUAGGCAGGGUGGAAGCAGCCUGCCUCCAAGAUAUUAUAUUUAAAUUGUAAGUUUGGGAAGGUAAAAAUGUUUACAGAUAAUUAUAUUGGAAUCCAGUAGGUAAAUGUUAUCCUCUGGCAGGUGUUUCAAGAAAGGAUAUUUUUUAAUUCAGAGCUGAAUACGAUUUGAAGGUCAAAGCAGCCCAUAUCCUUUUAAUUAAUUAUCUAAAUUGUGUCGAUGGUGGGGUAGAAAUUUCACAGUUCACAGUCACAAACUAAUUUUUGCAUGCAGAAGAUAGAGGUUUUAAAAAAAUAUUUAGUUAUCAGUGGAUGAAGGGUUCUGAAGAUGCUUUCUUCUCUCAAAGUAGUAAAAGAUUUAAUCUUCAGACUCGGAGAGACUCAAGCAGUCAAGCAAUCGCAUGUUGGUUUUUGUUUUUUUCUUUAGUAUGAGGUCACAUCAGACAAAAAUACUUGCCAAUAGUUUUUGAAUGUCAGUUCUCAGCACUGUAACUGCUUUCUUUAGAAGAAAUCAUAUAUGUCUCCAAUGUUCUGUCCAUUUCUUUGAUAAUGUCAGAAGGUGGUCAUUGAUUUGUGAGUAAAAAUUCAUGUGAAAAGUUGUGUUGAAGUUGAUAGUGUUGCAGUUGACAGGCCUAAUGGUGCUCCUUAGGAGCCCAGAGAGUACUACUUUAUCUUUGUUUUCUCCUGAAAUGUAUAUUAUUAUUCUGCUUCUCCACUUAAAGAUUGAAAGAUGAUAUUUCUGUAAGUGAGCCGGAGUAUAAAUGUCUGAACAAAACGGGAAUGCUGUGACUGAUAUUCAUAUAUGGAUUGGAUUGUAAGGCGUUUCUUCUCAUGUACAUUUAUAUUGUUACUUCAUUCACUGUUCAUUGAUUGCUGCUUACUCGAGACAUCCUCUAUUGUGAAAUAUUUUGAUAUUAACAUCUUUUUUGUAUGUAACAUGUCUACAAAAUGUAAACAUGAACUGCUUGAAUAAAUACAUUGUAUACAAUUAAA